AUGGCCCGCCUCGGCAGCGUCGACACCGAGAGCGAUGCCGCCGCUCAUUCCUCCUGCCCGCCCGACUUCUCCGGCCAUCUCGUCCUGGUCUUCUGGUGUGAUGAACCCACCAUCUACAGCGCCAAUCUCACCUCGACUGGAUACUCCCUCUCUCCCGCCAAGCUUGGCGCUACAUUCGACGCGACCUUGCCACCAAUCCUCAUCGACCCACGCAACCUCGAAGUCUCGCGCAUUGACUUCGCCACUGGCACGAUCUCUCCCGACGCUGCGCCCGAGGCCACUGAUGGCACAUCAAAGACCUCACACAAGACCGCGAGCAGCACGAUCACGCACUCGGGCGGUGGCGGCAGUGGCAGUGGCAGUGGCAAAGGCCAAAAGUCGGGAGGAGACCAGGGCGCGGAUGGCAGCCCUCGCAAGCGCGACAGGAAUGUUCGCACCGGGCGUGGGUACAACAACGGCAUCACCACCGCCGUUGACGGCUUUUGUGAACUCCCGCAGAUGGUGAUCACUGCGGUAGAGUUCCUCACCUUCUUCCCGCAUCACACCCAGUGGCCGACUGUUCUCUUCCGCCUGUACCGCAACGGGUGGUCCACAGGCUCAAUGGCCAAGUCGAUGCUGCACGCGAGAGGUAACCUCGACCGAGCAGAGUGGGACCGCCGACAGGCCGCUCUCCGUCACCAGCUUCGAACCGCAACGAUCAACAGGUACGGUACUGGCUCGGUCCCCUCUGACAUGCGGCGAAAUGGCCAUGUCGACCUGCAGCCUUUCUCACAGCACUCGAGUGGCAACAACGUCGACCUAUACGACGUGAGGAACCCAAUCGAGCCAAGCGGAGACGUGUACGAGCCUCCACGAGGCAAGAACACCCUCAACGACCCGGCAACCCUGCAGAAUGUGAUCAACGGGAUUGUCAACUGGCCAACAGGGCAAGACGCUGGGCAGCUCACGCAGGCGCUCCAGUAUGCGCAGGCAAAUGGCCUGCUCCACCAGACGACGAGAGACCUGCCCAACCUCGUACUGCAGCAGGGCUUUGUGGUGAAGACUGACGCCAACACCAUGCAGUACGAUCUGCGAGGUGUUGAGCGGUUGAACAACGCUGUGGCCAACCCAUGA